AUGAGUCAUUACGAAUUUUAUGACAUAAAGAGCCUACAAGAAUAUAAACUUGUGAAAAAUAAAGAAGGAGAAAAGGUUAAGUCUAGUGAUAUUAAAGUUUUAAAAGUUGAAAUGUCGGAAAAUGUGUCUGAUGGCAUAAAAGUUUUUUAUAAAACUUCUUAUUUACAAGAUGCAUUUAAAGAAAUAAAUUUGCAAAAGUUAAGCCGGGCCAGACCUCAAUUAAAACAAUUAUAUUCAUCAAGAAUAUCUUUAUCUGCUGCUAAAAAAGCUGACCUGAAGAAACUUAUUAGCGAGCGCGCUAUUCCACUUUACUAUGCUUGUUCUUUCUACAAUUUUGUUCUUAAUUGA